UUGAGGGGGUUGAAUGUCCACCGCCAGGUGCCACCACCCACCCGGUGUUUCUACAGGCGCCAGAGAACCACGAGACCGAUGGAAUCGCGAGAAUACCGUGUGUGUUGGUUCAGUACUUCAGUAACGCGACGGCGUCGGCCGCGUUUAGACGACGCUCCUUCGCGACCUUUGUUAACUCGACGAUUCGAGCACGUUUUUUAAAUAAAUUAAGUUCUUUCAAUUAAUUUCUUAAUUAUUUUUGUGCUGGAUUGUAUUAAAUAUAUUUAAUAUAUUGAAAGUGCGAUUAUUCAUAUUGCUUUUUUUAAUUUGAAUAUAAAAGGUUUGCGACUUUGGGGUGAAAAAGGGGGUGAGAUGAGGCGGAACAUCAAGAUUCUACUACUGUGUUCUGUCACGUGGAUGUUCGUUAUUAUCUAUUAUCUACAAACGAAUGGGGAUGAUUCAAAGAACGAAAAUAGAGCGUUAAGAUUAAAAGAUGGUGCCUCGCUUCCGCAAUACGUAGACGAAACCGCCGUAGGGCCAGGGAUGCAAAUGGCACUUCAAAGUUUUGAAACUACCGAUAGUCGGCUGACGUGGAAUUAUUUCAACGAAAACUCGUAUAUUUCAAGAGGUGGUCUUUUGGACGGCGAGGAUCCGUAUGUCAGGAACAGAUUUAAUCAACAAGCCAGCGAUAAUAUUCCGAGUAAUCGAGAAAUUCCCGAUACAAGAAAUAAAAUGUGCAGGACGAGGGCGUGGUCUCAUGAUUUACCAUCAACUUCGGUUAUUAUAACAUUUCAUAAUGAAGCCAGAUCUACUUUAUUAAGAACUAUAGUCAGUGUUUUGAAUAGAAGUCCAGAACAUCUUAUUAAAGAAAUUAUUUUAGUAGACGAUUUCAGCGAUAACCCUGAAGAUGGUGCGGAAUUGGCAAAGAUCCAAAAGGUUCGGGUUCUUCGCAAUGAAAAACGAGAGGGUUUGAUGAGAUCCCGAGUAAGGGGAGCGGAUGCUGCUACAGCGGACGUACUCACGUUUCUGGAUAGUCAUUGUGAGUGCAAUGUUAAUUGGUUGGAGCCUCUUUUGGAACGAGUUGCGGAGGAUCCAACUAGAGUGGUUUGUCCGGUUAUUGAUGUAAUUAGUAUGGACACGUUUCAGUACAUAGGAGCCUCUGCAGAUCUUAGGGGUGGGUUUGAUUGGAAUUUGGUGUUCAAGUGGGAAUAUCUCAACCCAAUGGAACGUCAAAGUAGACAAAAGGAUCCCACACAGCCGAUUCGAACACCGAUGAUUGCGGGCGGUUUAUUUGUAAUCAAUAAGGAUUAUUUCGAAAAACUUGGAAAAUACGAUAUGAAAAUGGAUGUUUGGGGUGGGGAAAAUUUGGAAAUUUCUUUCAGGGUGUGGCAAUGUGGUGGUUCUUUAGAAAUAAUUCCUUGUAGUCGAGUUGGUCAUGUAUUUAGAAAACGUCACCCUUACACAUUUCCUGGAGGAAGCGGUAACGUUUUUGCUAGAAAUACGAGAAGAGCCGCCGAAGUCUGGAUGGACGAGUACAAACAAUACUAUUAUUCUUCCGUUCCAUUGGCAAAGAAUAUUCCAUUCGGAGAUAUUCAAGAUCGAUUAGCUUUACGAGAAUCAUUAAAAUGUAAAUCAUUCAAUUGGUAUUUGCAACACGUUUACCCAGAGUUAACUAUACCCAGAACGACAACUGCAAGUUAUGGUGAAUUAAGACAAGGAAUUUUCUGUAUGGAUACAAUGGGACACCUUUUAGAUGGAACGGUCGCUUUAUAUCAGUGCCACCACACGGGAGGUAAUCAAGAAUGGGGUUUGACCAGUACCGGUUUAAUCAAACAUCACGAUUUGUGUCUAACCCUGGAUAAAUACUCAAAAGGUUCCCAAAUUAUUAUGAGGAUAUGCGAUGGAAGCGACCCUCAAAAAUGGCGAUUAGUCGAGCCGGGAGGAUUAUUAAAACACGUUCGUUUACCUUUAUGUCUGGACAGUAAAUUUAAUGAAGUUAGGGGAAUAACCGCGGAAAAGUGCAAUACUAAUUUAAAUUCUCAAAGGUGGAUCUUAGCGAAAGGUUAAUGACUUCAACAAAGGUUUAUGAGUUUAUUUAUUGAUUUUGUUUUUGAAACGAGGUGAUAUUAUUUUAUACUUUUUUUUGAAGUUGUAAUUGGAAUUGUUACUCGUUAAAUUUAGGUAGAUUUCAACUUGUAUGACUUGUCUAUUAUAAAAAAAAAGAGAGAAAAACGCCAAUUUAAAAAUACUUACAUAGAAAUUAAAUAUUAAAACUUAAUUAAAAUAAGACAGGGUAAAUUAUUGCACUACCCUUUUUCAAAGUCGUAUAAAGGUUUUAAAAAAUUGUAUGGUUGUGAUUAUUGUUUAAAAAAAAUGUUUUUUUAACAAUUAUUCUAUAUUCAAUUGUGGGUUUUAUCUUGGGUUUUAUGGAGUAUUAAAACAAAAAAUAGUACCCAAGUUAAUGAUCCAAUUCUUUUUACAAAUUCUGAUUAUUAGAAUGAAGAGUUCUUAAGCGGGUAUUAAAAAAAGCAUCCAUAAAAGUAUUCAUAACAAAACAUAUUAGUAAACUCGCUACAACUUUGAUGUGAUUGUAAUAUUUUUUGUGAAAAUUGUUUUGGAAUCGAUUCAAAAUCGUUUCUAAAACAAUAUUUUCUAAUCUUUAUGUAAUUUUUUUCUAUAUAUAUAAAAUUGUAUCUUAUUUAAGAAUGUGUGUUAUUCCACUUGUACAUAGAAUAAACCACUCCCUAAUAUAUGUAUAUUUUUAGAUUUCUAGUUGUUAAAAUCGCCAAUUUUUGUACAUAAAGAAACAAACUCUGCUGUAAUUAUAAUAUGUAAUAAUAAUAAUUAUAAUAAUGUAUUUAUA